UUGAAACUAUUUUGAAACUAUAUAUAUCAUUUUGGGAUGGUUUUCGUAGUUUAGGAUUAAUUAUACGGCUUCCAUUUGUUAAAAGACAUGAACGGUAUAGAUCCGCACAGAGUUACAUCGGCUCCUACUACCGCUUACUACAUAUCCGAAUUCAUAUCAGAAGAUGAAGAGAAGUCUAUACUUUCGAACAUCUACGCGUCACCGAAGCCAAAAUGGACGCAGCUCAGUAAUAGAAGACUUCAAAACUGGGGCGGGAUUCCACACAGCAAGGGCAUGAUCGCGGAGACAAUUCCAACAUGGCUGGAUUCUUGCUUACAGACCAUUCAUAAUUUAAACCUCAUGGGAGGCCACAGGCCUAACCAUGUUUUAGUGAAUGAAUAUUUGCCUGGGCAGGGCAUAAUGCCCCAUCUAGAUGGUUCUUUAUUCUACCCAACAAUAACUACGAUUUCUGUAGGCUCUCACACUGUUUUGAAGUUCUUAGAACCAAGUGAAGAUGCUGAAAUGGCUCAGAGGCCUGUUUUUUCCUUCCUUUUGGAACCUAGAAGCUUAUUGGUCCUUCAAGACAAGCUUUUCAGUCAUUAUUUACAUUGCAUUGAAGAGGUUUAUGAAGAAACUUUGGAUGAUUCUGUGAUAAAUUUACAGCAGUGUUCUGACAGAUAUGUAAAUGGAUCAACCAUAAAAAGGGAGACAAGGAUAUCAUUGACAAUUAGACAUGUUCCUAAAACUAGUUCUUUUAAAAUUAAUAUUGGAAAUAAAAGAUAACAUUUUGAUAUCUUAUUUUAUUCAAUGGUCACAAAAUUGUAACUUUAUUG